AUGUCUUUCCCCCACGAAUGCGUCUUCAUCGCAACGCUCUGCUGCGCCCAACUCAUGACGCAAGCCGCGCUCGCGCAGGCUAUUACGCCGUUACACAUCAUCGGCUAUGCGUUCGGUACGUCCAAUCCGGGCGAACUGUCCUGGUUUGCGGCGUCGUACUCCCUUACCGUCGGUACCUUCAUCUUAAUCGCGGGGAGACUGGGUGACAUGUAUGGCCAUAAACUGGUAUUUGUGUGUGGGUUCGCGUGGUUCGGACUCUGGUCCCUCAUCUCCGGCCUAUCCGGCUACUCCCGCUCACAAGUCUUCUUCGACAUCUGCCGCGCACUACAAGGCAUGGGCCCAGCUUUUGUCCUCCCGAACGCACUCGCCAUUUUCGGAAGAUUCUACGCACUCCGUCCACGGCGAAAGGAAAUGGUCUUUGCGUUGUUUGGAGCGACUGCGCCGACUGGCUUCGUGGUUGGGAGUAUCUUUUCGGCACUUACGGCUGUUGAGGGUGGGGAGAGGGGUUGGGCGUGGACGUAUUAUGCUUCGGCGAUAUUCUGUGUGUUAUUGGCGGUGGGGAGUGUGUGGAUCAUUCCGCACGUUCCAAAUGAUAUGGAUAAUACGGAGACGUUCGAUUAUGCUGGUGCGGUUACGGGUGUGGUGGGAUUGGUGCUCGUCAAUUUUGCGUGGAAUCAGGGACCUGUCGUGGGGUGGAAUGUGCCGUAUACGUACAUCCUCCUCAUCGUCGGGAUCCUCUUCCUCUGUGCGUUCGUAUGGGUUGAGAAGAGGGCGAAACAUCCUUUGGUCCCAUUCAACGCUCUCACGUCCGAGACUGGGUACGUGUUGGCGUGUAUCUGGGCUGGAUGGUCUUCGUUCGGGAUCUGGGUCUUUUACUUGUGGCAGUUCCUGCAGAUCGAACGUGGUGUCACCCCGAUCCUCGCCACGGCGAUGUUUACCCCGGUCAUUAUCUCCGGUCUCUGUGCCGCGCUCGUUUGUGGGUGGUUGUUGUCACGUAUCCGCACUUCAGUCCUGAUGACAAUCUCAAUGGUCGCUUUCACGGUGGGGAACAUCAUGGUCGCUGUAGCACCCGUGCACCAAACAUAUUGGGCCUUAACCUUCGUCGCAAUUUGCAUCAUGCCCUGGGGUAUGGACAUGUCCUUCCCCGCCGCAACCAUAUCUCUCUCAAAUUUCAUGCCAAGGCAGCAUCAGGGGAUUGCGGCGAGUUUGGUGAACACCGUUGUUAACUAUAGUAUCUCGAUUGGGUUGGGUGUUGCGGGGACGGUGGAGAGUAGGGUCAAUCGGGAUGGGACGAAUGGGUUGAAGGGAUAUAGGAGUGCGUGGUAUACUGCGAUUGGGUUUGCGGGGGUUGGGGUUGCUGUGAGUCUGUUGUUUGUGGUCAGGACUUGGAGGAGGUGGGAGAAACCUGAGGGAUGA